AUGGAGUCAGAGACCUUGGAACAGAUGCAGGCCCGGCACCGGAAGGAACAGCGCGACCUUGUCGGGCGCAUCACGAGCAAGAAGAAGAAUGCGACGAAGAAGACACGCAAAGGCGUCAAUGACGAGUGUGCGGAAAUGGAGAGGAGUUUGAAGGAGAAGCAAGAAGAGGAGAUUGCGGCUCUGACGGGCGGCGGCACUGCCGACGUCGCGCCCGAAGACGAAGAAGCCCCCGCGGCAGAUAGGGACGAGGCGGGCGAAGUCGCGGACAAGCUCGAGAAGACGGCCAUAUCGGAACCGACACCGGCACAGGCACAGGCACAGGCGCAGGCGCAGGAGCAGGAACAGCCUACGCAGGGCCAGGGCCAGGGCCAGGGCAAGAAGCGCAACAGGCAGAAAGAGCGCAUGGCGCGGCGUGCGGCGGAGCAAGAGGCCGCGGCAAUCAAAGCAGAGGAAGAGGCGAAGAACAUGACGGACCACCGGGGCGUCGAGAAGACGUACAUGCUCAAAGAGUUCAAGACGCACUCGCUCACGGAGAAGGAGAUCGCGCCGGACGGGCACUGUCUGUUCUCGGCCGUGGCGGAUCAGCUGCAGCAGAGGGGCAUCCCGUUGGCGCCCGACGCGGAGCCAAAGGUGCUGCCGUACAAGAUUGUGAGGAAGAGGGCGGCGGACUGGAUGGCGGAGCACCCGGACGACUUCGCGCCGUUCCUGGAGGAGGACCUGGAGGGGUACGUCGGGAGGAUACGCGACACGGCGGAGUGGGGCGGGCAGCUCGAGCUGGUUGCGCUGGCGAGCAUCUACGGGGUCGAGAUCAGGGUUGUGCAGGACGGCAGGACGGAGAAGAUUGGGAGCGCCGAGGAGGAGGACAAGAAGAUUUGGCUGGCGUAUUACCGGCAUGGUUACGGGCUCGGGGAGCAUUACAACUCGUUGCGGAAGACAACGUGA